GAUAAAGAAACUUCCUUUGAGUCGUGAAAAACAUUGAACUACUGUAUCUACUGUAUGUAUUCUUCAAUGCGGUCACAGCAGCAAUGGAUUAUAUACAAUAAGACAGCACAUCACAGCAAGAAGAAAGAGAAAACAUCAACAUUGUUUGGCACGGGGUGGAGUACAGGGUGGGGCACAAAGUGCAGCACAGGAUGGUGCAGAUGUUGGGGCACACAAAGAGGAGGGUGAACCAUUUGUCCAAACCAGCCCAGGGUUUAUGACCACCACUGAAAUAUCUUGUUGACGGGACUACAAAUGUUUUGAGAGAGAGGCAGCCAAAAUAAUUUUCAUACCGACUUCAGAAGAUGCCCACAUUGCAAGCAAUUUUAAAGAAUUUGGACAAAUUUUUGAAGAACUUUCCAGUUUUCAGCUCUUUUCCAUUCGCUCUUUUGUUAAUUGGAUUGGAAGAGUUGAUUGAAUUGAACUUCUCAUGUCCAUGCAAAUAUGAGCUGAAUAAAUAUCUAACGGCAUUCAUCUUCACUGGACCUCCUCUGUUUGCAUUUACAAUGAUGUUCAUCGCGUUAAGACCCUGUAACUAUGGAUGGUGUUUAAUAAAUAAAGCCAAAGAUGAUCAGCAAAUUUCUGCUAAAGGAAAUAAAUCUGAAGGUGAUCAGCAAACUUCUGCUAGAGCAAAAAAAGGCGGAGAUGAUCAGCAGGGUUAUACCAGUGCAAAUAAAGCCGGAGAUGAUCAGCUAAGUUCUGCUAAAGCAAGUAAAGGUGGAAAUGAUCAGUUAAGUUCUGCUAAAGCAAGUAAAGCUGGAGAUGAUCGGCUAAGUUCUGCUAAAGCAAGUAAAGCUGGAGAUGAUCGACAAAGUUCUGCUAAAGCAAGUAAAGUUGGAGAUGAUCAGCUAAAAUCUGCUAAAGCAAGUAAAGGCGGAGAUGAUCAGCAAACUUCUGCUAAAGCGAAUAAAGCCGGAGAUGAUCAGCAAAGUUUUGCUAAAGUGAAUGAGAACAAAGAUGAUCAUCAGAAUUGUUGGAAAGCUUUGGGACAUUGUCUGAUUCCUCCUGUUAUGUGGAUCAUCACUGCAUUAAUUGAUGGUGAUUAUGUGGCUUGUGGCUUGACAAAGUGGAAAGGAACUUUUGUAUAUGAUAAAGAAUUAAAUAGAGCAUGGUGCAAACCCAUCGAAUCGGCCAAUGCAGGAAACCAGACUGAUCUGCGGUACGAGUAUCAGGGGUAUAUUAGCAUAUCUAUGACUUUAGGUUAUGCAAUGCUUGCUGUCUUUAGUGUUGUUACUGUUUUCUUGAUGAGUAUGUAUGACUGCUUCAAAAGUGGUAAAUGUGACUGCUUCAAAAAUGAAAAUUCUGCCUCCUGCAGAGGAACACAGAGGGUUCAGCAAGAUGUGGAACAGGGUUACGGACAAGAGUUUACACAAUUUUAGAGAAACUGUUCUAACCCUGAUACCCUCAAAUCUUCAGA